GACAUGGGAGAUACCACUUUGCUGCCUUGUUUAGGGGGGGCCUAAAUGGAGUCCUGGGCUCUCCCAAGGGCCCAAAUUGAACCCUGGGCUGUCCCAAUCGUUUUUUUAACGUUGCAUUAUUGUUAUUGCGUUGGAAAAAGCGUGCAAAACGUGUGAACGUGGCUUCUUUGCAAGAAAGGAAAGCAAGGGGGAAAGAAACCUGGGUUUGGGGGCCUUUGCUUGCAAAGAGGCCUGGGCUGGAGCUGGAGAAGACCCUGUUCAGCUUUUUUGUGUGAAUGCAACUGCAUGCGUGAAUGCAGCUGGGCUUGGACACAGGGAAAUAACCCCAAAGUGGGGUGUCGAAGGCUCCCCCUCCAAGAGGAACCCUCCAUAAACAUGGCAAGUCGUUGUUCGGUGGCCAGCUGCCUAAAUCGUCGCUGGCAUGGCAGCCGCGUCACCUUUCACAGGUUUCCUCUUGCAAAGGAAGACCAAUUGCAAAAGUGGCUCGCAAAUAUUGGACGCCCCAACUUCACUCCAUCGUACAACGAUGUCAUUUGCUCUGAGCAUUUCAAAAAGACGGAUUUUUGGGCGAACGUGGCUUCUGGGAGGAGAGAACUGAAGCCCGGAGCAGUCCCGACUGUGUUCCGGCUACCUGGCCGGCCAAAAAGGGGUGCUAAAAGGAUUAGUGCUAGAAAGAGAUUUACCCUUAUCCGGCAUAAGACACCAGUUCCCAAACCGAGCCGUCCACCAGAACCUGGUGAUAGUAAAGCCGAAGCACCAUCCUCCAAGAGCGACAUCGUAACUCUGGAACACUCCUACUCUUUUCUGGCAAGCCCAGCCUCCUCUGCCUUGGAUCUUCGGGUUGCGUCAACACGGGACCAAGGCACAGCUGACGUUGAAGCACGGAAAAGCCUCCGCCUGCUCCAGGCCAAGUCCAAGAGAGAAAACAUGGAAAAAACAACCCUGGAAGCGCAGGCCCUUGACCCUGAGGAACAGCGCCUGCGCUUCCGGGGCUUCUGCUACCAAGAGGUCGAGGGGCCUCGCAAGGUUUGCAGCCACCUCUGGGACCUUUGCUGCCAGUGGCUGAAGCCCGGGAGGAACACCAAGCUGCAGAUGCUGGAGUUGGUCAUCCUGGAGCAGUUCCUCUCUGUCCUGCCCCGGGAAAUGCAAGGCCACGUCAAGGCGAAGACGCCUUCAAGCUGCGAUGAAGCAGUAGCCCUGGCAGAAGAUUUCCUCCACACUCAGCAAGAAGAGGAGGUGACGGACGAUGCCACCAAGGCAAAGAAGCCUCCCUUGGGCGCGAGUCCUGUCAAGAAGGUGGAUGAAAACGCUCCUGAAUUAGAAUAUGUCGUUGCAGCAGAAGAGAACCAGGUGGUGGAGAGCCAUCGAAACGAAGGCCUUGGCACAGAAGAAGGGAUGGUGCCGGAGAACGUUUCUUCCGUGGUAGAAGUUGCCGAAAGUGAGGUGUGGGCCAGCCAUGAGGAGGGACAGCCCUGUGUGACGUCGCCUGAAGAAAACAAAGGGAAUCCUGCCAAUAUGGAGGGCGGUGAAGCCAAGGAGAAAGAGACAACGAUAGGGAAUUACCAAAUUGAGGUGAAUGAGAGCGGUCAUCUGGAAAGAUCUGAGCAAACAGACAAUGGCAGGGAAACAUCACUAGAAGAGGCCAAAGGGAAUGAUAUGCAGGAUCUUAAUGUUCAGGACCCCUCUCAAGAUGGAGAAGGCCCAUAUGGAUGUUCUAAGUGUGGAGAAAGCUUCAGCGAUAAAUCCCUCCUCCUUGAGCACAGAAAAUCUCAUCCAGGAGAAAAGCGAUACAGCUGCUCCUUGUGUGAAAAAAAGUUCAAUAAGAAAGCAUGUCUGAUUGCACAUGAGAAAUCUCACACAGAAGAUAAACCUUAUCAGUGCUCCGACUGUGGGAAAGCGUUUGGUCAGGAAUCGUCCCUUGUGACGCAUCAAAGGAUCCACACUGGAGAAAAACCGUAUGAAUGCCAGGAGUGUGGGAAAAGCUACCCCUGGAAAACAUCCCUUGCGGUGCAUCAAAAAAUCCAUGCAGGGGAGACCUUCUCGUGCCAACUGUGUGAGAAAACUUUCAAUCAGAAAUCAUUACUGAGGAUACACCAGAAGAUUCAUACAGCAGAAAAGCUGUACAAGUGUGCAGAUUGCGACCAGAGUUUCACCCUGGAAAAAUACCUCAAUGCCCACAGGGUGAGGGCUCACACGCGAGAGAGGCCUCAUGCUUGCUCCCACUGUGACAAAACGUUCAUUUUUAAGUAUUCUCUCAUUGAACAUGAGCGGAUGCACACAGAUGAGAGGCCUUAUGAAUGUUCAGAUUGUGGGAAACGCUACAAUGGGAAAGCUGCCCUCGUCGUCCACCAAAAUACCCAUGCAGGGCAGAAGUCAUUUCUGUGCCCUGAGUGUGGUAGGAGCUUCAAAACCAAAUGUGCCUUGACUGGACAUGAGAAACGCCACAGAGGAGUGAAGCCCUAUACAUGCUCGCAUUGUGACAAAAGCUUCUUCUGGAAACACCUCCUUGCUUUACACGAGAGAAUCCACACAGGGGAGAGACCCUAUAAAUGCACCGAGUGUGACAAAAGCUUCCGAUAUAGGAACAAUCUGGCUAUACACAAAAAGAACAGCCAUGAGACCAUCCUCAAAAGGGAGAGGACCUACCAGUGCUCGAUUUGCGGCAAAAGUUUUCGCUGGAGAAGGAGUUUUGUCAUGCACGAAAGAGCCCACACAGGGGAGAAACCCUACAAAUGCCUCGACUGUGGAAAAAGCUUCAUGAGCCGCGUGUCCCUUAUCGUUCAUAAGAGACUACAUACGGGAGAGAGACCCUUUCACUGCCCUGAAUGUGGGAAGAAGUUCAUUAAUAAACAGGCCCUGAGUAAACACAAGAUCGUCCAUACGGGAGAGAGGAAAUAUUCAUGCACUGUGUGUGAGAAAAGGUUUGCCAAUAAAGGCAACCUAAUGAGACACAUGAAGAUCCAUACAGGAGAGAAACCCUACAGCUGCCACAUAUGUGGGAAAAGCUUUAUUCAGAAGGUUUGCCUCAUGGAGCAUGAGCCGACCCAUCGCAAAGACAAGCCGUAUGUCUGCUUGGAGUGCGGCAAAAAAUUCAAACGGAGAAAAGGCUACCUUUCACACAUGAGGAUGCAUAGGGGAGAGAGUGCGCCAGAACCCGCAAAGAAAAGCGUGAACAAUGAGGAGUCUGUUGUUACAAGCAGGAAAACCCCGGCCAAUGAGAAAUUGCAUCCGUGCCCGAUUUGCGGCAAGAACUUCAAAUCGCGCUGCCACCUUAUCCUUCAUCAGAGGACCCACACAGGAGAGAAACCCUAUCAGUGCUCUGAAUGUGGGAGACGUUUCAGUCAACAGUCGUCGCUCAACACACACCAGAAGGUCCACACAGGCGAAAAGCCCUCUUUGUGUACAGAGUGUGGAAAGAGCUUCCAUAAUAAAAGUAAUUUAGCCCGGCACCAGCGAAUCCACACGGGGGAGAAGCCGUUCAUGUGCCAAGAGUGUGGGAAGAGCUUCAACCAGAAGGCUUCCUUGGUGGCGCACCAGACGACCCACAGCCAAGACAAGCUCUACUCGUGCCCAGACUGUGGGAAGACAUUUAAGCUCAAAAUGUCCCUCCACAUACACCAGAGAACUCACACAGGCGAGAAGCCCUACGAAUGCUCUCAGUGCGAGAAGCGAUUCAUUCGACGUUCCCAGCUGAGACGGCAUGAGAAGACACACGCAGGUGUUUCAUCUCCUGACACAACCGAGAUUAUUCUGCCUAUUUCUGAGCUGGCCAUGGAAACGACAGAAUCUACGGAGAUCUGUGUGGAAACGUUUAACGCUACUGUGCGAUCCAUUUGGAGAAGUCAGACAGAGCAGCCUUUCUCUGGACCAAGUGAAAACAUGGCAAGGACGGAUAAAGCGGAUGCCUCGGGUCUCUGCUAUGAGUCUGCCUUGGUGCCAGAAGGGAGGGUGAAAGCGGAAGAUUUUGCAGCAAAAAGAGGCAGAGAAAGCUUGCAAACCAUCAGUGUUGGGAGCGAGAUGGGAUUUUCGGGGGAAAUGGUGCCAAAGACUCUGGAUGAGGACAAUAUAGAUGCAUAUGCGGAACGCCAGUGUUUCUGGCAUUUCCCCUACGAGGAGGCCAAGGAUCCCCAAGAGGUUUGCCGGCGUCUCUGGGAGCGUGGCCUUCAGUGGCUGAAGCCAGGGCAGAACACGAAGGAGCAGAUCCUGGCAGAAGCGUUCUUAGUCAAAGAUCAACAGGACGGGAGGCAGGAAGAGGCGGGCCUGGUUACCUUCGAGGAAGUGGCUGUGAAGUUCUCAGAGGAUGAAUGGGCUUUGCUGGAUCUGAGCCAGAGGGCUCUGUAUUGGGAAGUCAUGGUGGCAAAUUACCAUACUGUGUCCUCGCUGGCAACCCUGUUGAUCUCCAGACCUGACCUCAUCUCCCGGGUGAAAGAAGAGAAUGAGCCAAGGGAAAAGUGUGCGGAGGAAGGGGCAAGAUUGGCAGGGAAUGAACGAGUUGAGAAGAAUGAACAUGAGAACAGUCAGCCAGAAAGAUCUGAGCAGGUGGACAAUGGCAGGGCAACAUCACUGGAAGAGACUGAAGAGAAUUAUUUUCAGGGUCUUAACGUUAGUUUCCAUGACCGCUGUCAAGAGGGCGAAGGCCCAUAUGGAUGUUCCAAGUGUGGAGAAGGCUUCAGUGAGAAAUCCCUCCUCCUUGAGCACAGAAAAUCUCACGCCAGAGAGAAGCGAUUCAGCUGCUCUUUAUGUGAAAAAAGGUUCAGUCAGAAGGUAUAUCUAACUGCACAUAUAAGAACACACACAGGAGAGAAGCCCUACAAAUGCCUCGAGUGCGGUAAAAGCUUCACAAGCCGUGCGUACCUUAAAGUCCACAGGAGACUCCACACAGGAGAGCGGCCCUUUCCAUGCCCUGAAUGUGGGGAAAGUUUCAUUGACAAACACACUCUGAGCAACCACAAGGUUGUCCAUAUGGGAGAGAAGAAAUAUUUAUGUACUAUGUGCGAGAAAAGGUUUACCAGUAAAGGCAACCUGAUGACACACAUGAAGAUCCACACAGGGGAGAAGCCCUACAAAUGCCUUGAUUGUGGCAAAAGUUUCACGAGGCGUGCAUACCUUAAAGUACACAAGAGACUCCACACAGGAGAGCGGCCCUUUCCGUGCCCUGAAUGUGGGGAGAGGUUCAUUGAUAAACAGACCCUGAGUAACCACAAGGUUGUCCAUAUGGGAGAGAAGAAAUAUUUAUGCACAGUGUGUGAGAAAAGGUUUGCCAGUAAAGGCAACUUGAUGACACACAUGAAGACCCACACGGGGGAAAAACCAUACAGCUGCCCCAUGUGCGGGAAAAGCUUCACGACGCGAAGCCACCUUAUCCUUCACCAGAGGACCCACACAGGAGAGAAACCCUAUCAAUGCUCCAAAUGUGAAAGACGGUUCAGUCAACAGGCAGGGCUCUACAUUCACCAGAAGGUCCACACAGGUGAAAAGCCCUAUUUGUGCACCGAGUGUGGAAAGAAGUUCCAUAAAAAAUGCAAUUUAACCCGGCACCAGCGGAUUCACACGGGGGAGAAGCCAUUCAUGUGCCAAGAGUGUGGGAAGAGCUUCAACCAGAAGGCAGGUUUGGUGGCGCACCAGACAACUCACAGCAAGUACAAGCUGUAUUCGUGUCCAGAUUGCAGGAAGACCUUUAAGGUGAAAAUGCCCAUCCACAUACACCAGAGAACUCACAUGGGCGAGAGUCCCUACGAAUGCCCCCACUGCGAGAAGCGAUUCAUUGGAAGCUCCCAGCUGAUUGGGCACGAAAGGACACAUGCAGGUGUCUUGUCUUCAGACACAACCCAGAUACUUCUGCCUGUUUCCGAGCUGGCCAUGGAAACGCCAGAAUCUGCGGAGAGCUGUGUGGAAACGUUUAACACUACUGUGAUCAUUCCAAAUCUAGGAGAAGUGCCUGUUCUCGUACCUGUUCUGCACAAUGUGAAUGUGAAUGGUGUGUUGUUGCUUGUGCAAAAUUCUGAAGCCUUUCCUCCGUUUGAACGUUUUGCCGCACUCCGAGCAGACAUACGGAUGAUCUGUGUGAUGGCUCAGCUCAUGCUCAACGAGGCACGCUUUCUGAAUAAAACCUUUCCCGCACAUGUGGCAGCAAUGUGGUUUCUCCCCUGUGUGGAUCCUUCGAUGCCUCACCAGGUCGCCUUUAUACGCAAACCUCUUGUCGCACACAGCGCAUAUAUAUUUCCUCUCUCCCGUAUGGACGACCUCGUGUUUGCUCAGGGCCUGUUUAUUAAUGAACCUUUUGCCACAUUCAGGGCACGGAAAGGGCCGCUCUCCCGUGUGGAUUCUCCUAUGGACGAUAAGGCAUCAGAGUCAUUGACAGACGUGGUUGCAGAUUUGUCCAGCGAAGACAUCACACUUUUGGACAAUUGGAAGCUACCGCUGUUUGAACAAGUUUCGAAGAAUGACAGCAUUGCAUCUUCUUUUGGUGAAGGAAUGGCAGCGGAAGCGCAUUCGAAAGAAGUGCCAUUGUUUGACAGAAUGGAAGGCCUAUGGAGCGCUAUGGAGUCAGACCAGGGGCCGGUGACCUUUGAGGAGGUGGCUGUGCAUUUCUCAGAGGGAGAGUGGAGCCUGUUGGGCCCGGGGCAGAGAGCGCUCUACCGGGAAGUCAUGGUGGAAAACUAUGGGAAUGUGGCCUCUCUGGAAGGGUCUCCGGUUCCUAAACCAGAUCUUAUUUCUUGGUUGGAAGAAAAAGAAGAUAUUUUUAACCCAAGCUCUGGAGCAGUUGUCAGAGCCUCAGCAGGUGAUACCUGGGCAAGUGAAAGCAAUGAAGCAUCCAUUGAGAUGAUAGUAUCCCAAGGAGAUGGGGAUGAGGAGGUGGACGACACUGCUGGGGAUCAAAGCAGAAUGGAAGUUCAGGCGGAAAACCAUUUCACAGAGAUGUGGCAAAAGAAACCUGGAGAUGAUGGAACUGUGAGAGCGAUCGGUGUGGAGAACGUGGAAGAAGAGCAGGAUUGUAUCUCGGAGGAAUCGCUUGAGGCUUUGCCUGGAGGAUCUCAAGAGAACAUUCCUUUCAUAACAGAGACCGUUGAAAGUGAUGGUUGGGAUAGUGGGAGUGAGUGGGAACCAUAUGAUGUGUUGUCAGAAGAUACAGAGAAUGAAGACGCGAGGCAUGACUUUCAAAGUGAAGAAGGAGCAGAGACAAAUGAGGAGGACCAAGAUGAAGAUUGGAGAAAUAAUCCCAAUUGCCAGGGCAGUGACUUCAAUGGAGUGCCAGUCAAACCUAAAACAUACAAAGGCAAGAGAAAGAAUCAGUGCAAGGUGUGUGGGAAGAGCUUCACUCGUAAGGCAAGCCUUAAGGUCCACCAGAGGAUCCAUACAGGGGAGAAGCCCUACAAGUGCACCGUCUGUAGCAAAGGCUUUUGUGACAAAACAAGCUUCCUAAGGCAUCAAAGAAUCCAUACGGGAGAGAAGCCGUACAAAUGCCCAGAGUGCGGGAAGAGUUUUAAUCGGACCACAAACCUUAUCACACAUCAGAAGACUCAUGUGGAAACCAGAGAGAAAACCUUUCACUGCACCAGCUGCACCAAGAGUUUUUACAACAAGUACAGCCUUAAGACGCAUUGGCGGAGUCACACCGGGGAGAAACCGUACAAGUGCUCCAGCUGUAGCAAGAGCUUCUGCGACAAAUCCAACCUCGAAGCGCACUGGCGAGUGCAUACCGGGGAGAGGCCUUUUGAGUGCACCGAGUGUGGAAAAAGCUUCAGCGAUCGCAGGACCCUUCUCAGACAUCAGAGGAUCCACACCGGGGAGAGGCCCUACCGGUGCACCGAGUGCGGGAAGAGUUUCAACGACCUCGCAACCCUGCUCCGGCACCAGAAGAUCCACACGGGAGAGAAGCCCUACAGAUGCAACGAGUGCGGGAAGAGCUUUAACCAGAGCUCGCACCUCAUCAGGCACCAGAACACCCACGACGCCAAGCGCCACAAGAGCAGCGGUCGUGGGGCAAAAGCAGCCGUUGGAACCAAUAUCUUUUUGGACAUCGGAGGUUUCACACAAGAGAACUAUUAUGGCUACACUCACCCACCGGAACCCUUUCGCUGGCCGCUUACGCCCUACACAUCCUCCACAGAGGCAGAAAGUGUGGGCUUGCCUAAUUUGUGGACUAUCGAGGAGACGUCUGUUGGCGAUCAGGCCAUCUUAGUUGUGAAAGAAAUAACGGAGGACAGGACCGUGCCGAUUGAGAGCCGGCUUCUGAGUGAAGCUCUGUCCGCACUCGGAACAGGCGUACGGCUUUUCCCCCGUGUGAACUGUCUGGUGCCGAAGGACGUGGGAAAGGUCCCGAAAGCUCUUCCCACACUCCGGGCAUUCGGGACGCUUGCGCCCAGAGUGCUGCGCCUUUUGGUGCCUCGCCAGUUGGAAGGCGUCCAGAAAGCUUUCUCCACAUUCGAGGCACCAGUGCCCGUGCUCCUCCAGCCGCACUACUGUCUCGUACACGCCUUCACUGCAGAGGGUGGCCUCUUCCCAGCCCUCCAUUGGCUCCAAUCCAUCCUCCAUUGGCUCAAGCUCCUGGCCAUUUUCGAGCAAACCGGACUGUCCUGGCAAAGUCCCGAAGAGAACGGGCAGCUCAGAAACCCCUUGGUGAUGAGAUGCAUCCACCUUAUUCCCAUUCGUGGCUCUCUCGCUGGAGGAAAGGGCAUACGCAUCCAGGCAUCUGAUGUUCCCUGGAACAGAAAAAGAAACAGGGAUUUGCUCCUUGGUGCGUUUCUCCGGCAUCAACCACCGGUGGCAACAUUCCCGGAGUCUCCGACAAAUUUCGCGGGGACCCACCGUCUCCUGAUAGCGCAGCAUCCGGAAGUGGCGACGCUGGGCUUCCGCCUUGAGAGGGUCUUCCCCCAGGACCACCUCCUUGGCCACCACCCUGUGCUCUCCACCGUCCGGGCCCUGAAACGCCAGGCCGUUGUCCACCAAGAGCUGGGCCACCACUUCUCCAUUAGGCCACUGGCUGCCCUCAGCGACCACCCCGCACAAGUCCCACGGCACCGGCUUCGAUUGUUGUUGGAGUCCACACUCGACAGGAAGGGGCUGGACGGCCUUCAAGACCUCCUGCCACUGGGCCUCCCAGCGCUGGGCCAAGCCUUCGUCGGAGCCUUGGACCAAGUCUUGCGGGGCCACCCAGCCGAGGAACUCCCCAAUGGUCCCCACCUGAAUGACACGAGGGGUGAUCCUUUCUCCUUCCACCUCCAGAGUCUUUGUGGGGGCUUCCUCCCCUCUGUUCCUAUCAGAGUUCACUCCAUGCUCCAAGACGUUUUGGAAAGAGAGGCUCACCGCUCCUCCAGGCGUCAAUUCAGCAACGAGGAAGUUGGUGUGAGCCCCGAAAACAGCUACACGGUACCGGCGGCAUCACAAGAGGACCCAGUUCGUGUUUUUAGCAACGGAGGCUCCUUGGACACUUGGCCGACGGGGAGCGAUGAUCCCAAACCCGUGGCUGGAGUGUUGAAGAACACGAGGAAGAACCUCACCCGCAGAGGGCAGAAGAAACACUGGUGCUUCAUAUGCGGGAAAGGCUUUCGGGACAAAGCCGACUUGGUGAGGCACGAGAGGAUCCACACUGGAGAGAAGCCUUAUGCGUGCCUGGUUUGUGGGAGGCGGUUUAACCACACGUCGAGUUUGUACAAGCAUCAGGACACCCACCGGACACCGACUGGUCUGCAGAAAGAGGACUUCAGCUGCAGAGAAAACAGUAUUUCCAAUGUACAAGUGGCUGAAGAAGGCGGCAACGUUGAGUUGGAAAUGGAGGUGAAGGAAUGGCAGCGGAAGCGCAUUCGAAAGAAGUGCCAUUGUUUGACAGAAUGGAAGGCCUAUGGAGCGCUAUGGAGUCAGACCAGAUUUGGUCGCAUUGAGGAACUUGCUUCCGAGAGAGAUCGGUUUGGUUGGUUUCCAGUGUAUUAG